CUGCUUGACAUUUCUCUUCAUAACUUUCAUCAUACAAUGGACGAAGAAUACGAUGUUGUUGUGCUCGGUACUGGCUUAACCGAGUGUAUCCUCUCUGGACUGCUCUCUGUCGACGGUCAGAAAGUAUUACACAUAGACAGAAACGAUUACUAUGGUGGUGAAUCCGCUUCACUUAAUCUCACACAGCUCUACAAGAAAUUUAAAGACGCAGAGCCACCAGCAGAGCUUGGUAGAGACAGAGAUUAUGCCAUAGAUCUUAUUCCAAAGUUCAUUAUUGCUUCCGGAGAAUUAACCAAGAUAUUGGUACACACUGAUGUCACUAGAUACCUCGAGUUUAAGCAAAUCGCAGGUUCUUACGUCUUGCGUGACAGAACUGUCUCAAAAGUACCUUCCACAGAAUCAGAGGCCGUGCGCUCCUCUCUAAUGGGAUUGUUUGAGAAGAGACGCGCUAGAAACUUCUUCCUCUUUAUCCAAAAUUACCGUGAUGAAGACCCAUCAACCCACAACGGUCUCAACCUUGAUAGUGACACAAUGCAGGCCGUUUACAACAAGUAUGGUCUCGAGGCGGGUACACAAGACUUCAUAGGACAUGCUAUGGCACUCUACUUGGACGAUUCAUACAAGCAAAAGCCUGCGCGUGAAACCUACGAGCGUAUUUUGCUUUACACCGCUUCAAUGGCAAGAUACGGCAAGUCACCAUACAUCUACCCACUCUACGGUCUGGGUGAAUUACCACAGGCGUUUGCACGUUUAUCUGCUAUCUAUGGUGGUACUUACAUGCUUGACAAACCAAUUGACGAGAUCGUCGUCGACAACGACGGUAAAGUUACAGGCGUCAGAUCAGGCGACGAAACAGUCAAGGCUAAGAAGGUAAUUGGUGAUGCAUCCUACUUCAUGGACGUCAAAGGUGAGAGUCGCGUUAAGGAGACCGGGAAAGUCGUAAGAGCUAUCUGCUUGCUUAAACAUCCAAUACCAAACACCGACAACAGUGAUUCGGCUCAAUUAAUCAUCCCACAAAACCAGGUUGGCAGAAAGAAUGACAUCUACAUUGCUGGUGUUUCUUCUUCGCACAAUGUCUGCGCCAAGGACAUUUAUAUCGCUAUCGUAUCAACAGUCGUCGAGACAUCAGCACCAGAAGCUGAACUUUUACCUGCUUAUAAGCUUUUAGGACAGAUUUACGAUAAAUUCGUAUCAGUUAAUCCAAUUUAUGAGCCAACAAGUGAUGGUAAGGAUGACAACAUCUUUAUCUCACGCUCAUUCGACGCAACUUCUCACUUUGAGACUGUUGUAGAGGACGUUAAGGACAUCUGGAAGAGAGUCACAGAAAAGGACCUCGUCCUUGAGAAGAAGACCGAACCAGAAAUAAAUGAGAACAACUGAAGUAACUGAAACAACGG